AUAAAAUCGAACGACUUUUAAAUUUCUCUCAUCCACAAAUUCCUCAUUGGACCCUUCCUUGUAGGCAGGUAGGGAAAGUUUGUCGGGAGAUAAUUAAACGCGGUGGUAAUAGGACGCUCACUUUCCGACUCAGUGUAAUAAGUUGUAAUAAAAACUUUCCAUUCCUGCUCCGAUUGUGUGAAAUGCAAAGAAACGGAUGCGACGGGAGUAUCAUAUUCCAGUUAAUUGAGGGAGAUUGAAUUGUAGUGAAACCUACAAAAGACCAGAGGAAGGCGUCUGGCUGUGGGAAAUCCAGGUAGAGGCUUCACCGCGGUCAACACGGAGACAGUUCCAGGGGAUCAGUCCUUGGACUAGCAGUGUAUGUGUGAGGCGCUGUGUAUAAAUUGGAUAAAUUCUCAAGUACAUCGGUCAUUCCCGGAUUACUGCUGUUCUUGUCUUAGUUAUCGUAUGUUUUGAAUCUAUGGUUUCAUAAAAAAUGAUACGGCGUAAAUUAAUUAAGUGUUGCUAAUAGUACGAGUAAGACAUCUAAAAUUUCUGAGGGACAAGUCAUUGGAGUCUGUAAGUGACAUGACGUCAUAUUUAUGAGGGACCAGUCAUUGGAGACUCUAGAUGAUAAAUUUCUGUGUUUUGGGACAACUUGGAAAUCAUCUGGACCCUAAGUGUAGUUGCAUAGUCGGAGAGAAAGAUAAAGUUAUUGAGAAUUCUCUUUGAUUAACCGUUUCGAAGACUGUAGCGAAGCUUAAAGGAUUUGGGAAUUUAUAAAGAAUUCGAACAAACUUUGAAUAUAGUCAACUUGUCUAUGUUUUCUUUUAAUCAGAGGGAUAUGAAAUAAAAGACAGACUCUUGUAUGAGAUUUAGGUUUACUUAUCUUGUCAAGCGAAUACACAAGCUUUUGAUUGUAUUGCUCACCGAGUUCUACAAUUAACUUUGGUCAAGCUGCCGGGAUAAUCUAGGAUUACCGCGUUAAGCUGGCGGUCUCGUCAUGCAGUGACAUACUUUUUGGCUUGUAAACGACCCGUCAAUGAGGCGUGGGUCAAUCAUUAGGGGGGACGGACAGCUCCCCGGUCAGGGAGGCAGACGAAACAGUAAGGUGGACUUCAUGGUGACGGAGCGACGAAGAUCCUCCAUUGUGACGUCACAAGCGGCAUCUAUUGCAGCCAGUGCAGGAGGCGCAGAUUCCAAGCGACCAAGAGCGUUGAUAUGGCCUGAGUGGAACGAGAAAGAUGUUAAUGAUGAGAAAUGGGAUGUUGUACAAAAAGCAAAAAAAGAAGAUAAAGGAAAGUCCCCAGUGGCCCAGCAGCAUUACUUUGAUGACCCCGAGGGAAAGAUUGAGCUUCCGUCCUCACUGAAGGUGGAAACAUGGAAGCGACCAAAUGAGUUCAUCACGGAGAAGACCCCUGUGGUGGUGGAUCCCGAUGGAAUGGCUAGCUUUGAUUUGAUCUCAUCCAAUGAACACAUUCAUCACAGCGAGUUGAUGAGGUACAUCAUUAGUCAGAUUGUUGCAUUAUGGGAAAAUACAACAGAAAAGAAUGUCCCUCCUGAUCAGGCAGAGCCCAACCAGCCAUAUGAGGAGAUGAUCCACAGCUGGCGCCCCUGGGAACACAUCUACGCCUUGAUGAAGGUCCAGAAACCACCGUUUGUCACCCCCUAUAACGCCUACGGAAAAUAUGUCGUCAAGUUGUACUGGAUGGGCUGUUGGAGGAAGCUCAUCGUGGAUGAUGCCAUGCCAUUUGAUGAAAAUGACAAACUUCUGCUGCCAGCGACCUCUAUGCAGCAUGAACUGUGGCCCAUGCUUCUGACUAAAGCAUUGAUCAAAGUGGCUUCACUAGAUUACACAGGGGGCAGUCAGAGCUCGGAGUUUGGGGACUGUAGCAUCGUCCAGUGUCUGACCGGCUGGAUCCCCGAGGCCAUUCCUCUACAGAGCCUAAUGUCGGCCCCCACGGACAAACACCCUGGCCCGACCUCAGGGUCAGGCCGGGCCUCUCCGUUAGUGACCGCUAGCCAGGUGCUUGAUAAAUAUAUCCAGCUAAGUUCUCAGCCAAAGAGUGCCGAAACGGCGGCCAUGCCACACGGCAAGGCUCAUAAGGUGAAGUCCGGGGUGAAGCAGGAACACAGACACGGACAUGUUAAUGAGGUCUGGGAGCUGUUGAAGGCAUCCCUGCCGGAGUGGAAGCUGCCACUCCAGGAGUGGGAGAAACAGCUGAUUGCAGAACAGCAGGAGCAGGAGAAGAAGGAGGCGGACAGUGCCACUCCACAUGAAAUGACAAAAGACAAUCUAUCAGAAAAAGAUGGGGCUAAAGGUGACAAAGCAGAGAAAGCUGACCCCAAGGCCAAGGAUGGAAAGGACAAGGGCAAGGACGCAAAGGACAAAGGUGGCAAGGACAAAGAUAAGAAGGGAGGCGAUAAAGACAAGGCCAAAGGAGCAGAGAAGGAAAAGACAAUGGAUGAGUUACCAGUGCCAGAAAACCCAGAAGUGGUUGUGUUUGCCACGUACUGGAGUACCCCCAAAUACCCGGUCAAGGUGUCCAUCCUGGGAGAGAUGGCUGAUGCCAGUGAGAAACUGAGACAGAAUGGGCUGUCCCACAUCUACCCUCACCCGGUCUGUAUCUCACAGACACGCUCCUGUCCCCUUGAGCCACCCCCACCACCAGAAAAAAUACCCGCCUGGAAACUGAUUCGUCCGAAGAAAAAGAAACCUGCACCCUCCGACGAACCAGUCUCAACACCUGAGCCUCCAAAGCCUAUUCAGUGUCUGGAAAUCAAGUCACCUUUCCUAAACUACAAAGUGAGCCCAUUCCCCAUACCUACAGACACAACUCGUCCAAGGUCGUCCUUGUCUCGGGGAGGCACUAGGUCAAGGCCAGCCACGGGGAACAUCAACCAGAUUGAGGAAACUGAUGAAAACGCACCGGAACCAGAAAUCAAGAAGCCAGAACCGGAGAAAGAGGAGCCCCAGAAAGUAGAGGAGCCCCCUCAAAUUAUUGAACCGGAGGUUAAACCGUCGACCCCAAGUAAAGAGAAAAGAAAGUCUGCCUCAAAAACGAAGGAGCCCCAGAGAGAGGGUUCUCCAAAAGGAAAAAGAGCAAGCUCUGCAAAAGGAGAUAAGCCAAAAUCUGCAGCUCGACCCGACUCGAAAGGGAAAGAGAAGGAGGAGAAAGCCCCCAAAGUGGAGUCUGUCAGUGGAGAAUUCGUCACCUCACCAAUCACCCCACCAGCCUCACCCCCGGCUGCUGCUCCUGCACCACCCCCCUCUGAUGCAGGAGGAUUUGCCCCGCCCCCACCCACUGACCCAGAGGCUGUCCCCCUGGAGGGAGAGGAGGGGGUAGAGCAGCCAGAACCCCAGGAGGAGCAUGUCAUUGAUGAGGAGGCCGCCAAGGCAAAGAAAGUCUGGAUGGACUUUGAGAUUUUCUGUAAAUGCUUUAAGACUCUGUAUAUUUACCACAAGCCGCACACCUACAAGUACAAUCACAAGCACUCUGAUCUGAAGAAAUUGGAGAGACUUUUCAAUGUGCAGAGUGUCACACAAGCAGCCGCCCCAGUGGGCAAGGGAGACAAAAAGGGAGCCCAAGGAAAUGUUGGCGGGGUAAAUACCUCCAAGACCGCUCAAUCCCUCCCACCUGUGCACUCUGCCCACUCGCUCUGUAGUGGUGGAGGAACUUUGGCUGAUGAAAGAGCACCCCACUAUCUGUUUGUUGACAACUUAAAACCCACAGAGAUAGUUGUAAGUUUCUCCGCCCUGUCUCGCUGGCAUGAUCCCCCACCUCAAGGGAUUGAGGAGGCUAAAUCUCACACCAAUCUGAAAGGGAAGAAGGGAGACCCAGAGAAAGAACUCACCACCAUCACCAGUAGUAGUGUCAUGGAAGAGGAACCACCUGAGAUUAAGGUGGACCCUGACCAAAGUGUGGAAGGUUCUAUAGCCGGUGAGCCCAAGCCCCCAGCGGUUGUGAACCCCGGUACCCUGGUGGCCGAACCGUACUCCUGGAAGAGUCUGGUUACCGGGCAACCAAUUCUACGUAUCAGAACAACCGCCACAAAGGCGGCAGUCCUCAAUCUACCCGCCGGGCGCCAUGUUCUGCGGUUUAUGAUGUCCGGACCCCUGGGAUACUGUGUCCACCUGGUGUCCACCGUUCCCUUCGUGUUUGGUAACGAAGAGGAGGUCAUGCCGGAACUCACAAAGGAGAGUUGCCGGUUUGUAGACAAUGCCUUACAAGUGAUCAACAGUAUUGGGAAGUGUAUCAAUAGCUUCACCGACACCGAGGCCUUCAAGAGGAGCUGGGACGAACUGGUCAGCCACCACUGUCCCUACAGACACGACAAACUCAUGUCCAAACAGCACCACUUCGAGGUAUUUAAUGACGCUCUGUACAACAUGCUACGUAAGUCCCUGAGUGACAUAGCCACACCAGAUAUAGCCUUCGCCUGGAGGUGCUUCACAUUUGAUUCCACAACUAAAAAUAUCCUGGGACUCCCUACCAGUAGUCGACCAGGCACCGCCACUACAAGUCACCGCGGCUCCGCCAAACCACCGGGCGGUGGCAAAGAAAAGGACAAAGACAAGGACAAGGGGAAACAGCAACAGCAGCAGCGCAGAAACAGUGGGUUAGAAGGUGCCCAGGGCUCUAAGUCUCUAGAGACACAACACAAUGGUGAAACAGAAAAAGUAGAAAAUCCAUGGGCAAACAGGGAGCCCACUCCAUUUGAGCAUACAUCUGCUGUAAAGAUUCAGAAAAACUGGAAAGCAUUCUAUGUCAGGAAGAUCACCCAGGCCAGGACCCAGGGCACUGAGGAGAAUGUUAAAGUAGCAGAGAACCUUCAGAAAUGCUGGAACGUCAUAGAACCCAAUGCAGAACAGAACGGCCUGUUCUUGUUCAGAUACAUGUUCAAGACAGAUCCAGACAUCAUGGUGAAGUAUCCAUUCUACCAGGACGAGUGGAACAAGAUUUCCUACGCUGACUACAGCGGUACCUACACAGACCAGCCCCCAAACAAUUGGUUCUUGGUCUUCAGGGAGAUUUUCUACGUGACAGAGGAAAUGCUAGCUGUCCCCAAGUUGUACGUGCCCAUCAACACCUGUCUGUUACGUGUUGUCAAUAACGAUAACGGAGAGGAGAUCCCUCGUGUCUUCCAGAAAGUCGCCCCUUAUGUCUACAAGAAAAACAGGAAAGGCUACACAUUUGUCGCUGAAGCAAGGACGACUGAUCAGGGUAUCCCUAGCAACAAGUGGAGGAUGCGUCUGAUUGGUUCACUGAGCCCCCUCCCUGCCCCGGCAAAACCAGACACCGUCAACUCCAGCUUCGUUGUGAAGCACAUCACAGACUACUACAUGCCAAACUCCAGCCAUGUCAUAUUCAGGUACACAGUUAAGGUGACAGAGGAUCAUCUGUCCACAAUCCAGGUCAACACAUCUAAACUGGACGUCUACAUUAAACUGGUGAUCCUGGACAAUGAGGUCGAGGUUGCCACCACUCAGGGCAAAGGUCAUGCUGUCAUCCCGUCCUUCCUCUUCCUGAAGGACUUUGACCCCAAUGAAGAGAAGCGCCCGAGUUCUAGAGCUUCUACCAAAGAAACUAAGGGUAAAGGAGGAAGCAAAGAAAACGUGGGCAAGAAGCGUUCAGGAUCUGGGAAGAGUCCAGAGGGCAGAAUAUCAAGGCCGAGCAGUCGUCACUCAGACGCCAGUGAGAUUGAGCUUGAGGAGAGGGACUUUAAGCCCCACAAGUACAUCAUCCAGGCCAUGGUCCUUAAGAACAGCUGGCCCCUGUCGGAGUCCAGCUGGGCAUUCGUACAGAUGUUGAAGGACCUGGAGAAAAACGAACUCAAAGGGCGUGAGGACAUGGUCAACAAAGAGAGGCCCCCCUCCCCUCCCAAACAGGAGAAGACCGCUGCUAGCACGGGGAGUAAGGACAAGGGCAAGGGUGGGGCCAAGGGUAAGGAUAAGGGUAAAGACAAGGAUCAGAAGGGAUCCCGACCCUCCUCCCAACAAUUUGAUCACAGCAAGCCCCACUGGAGCCUCCGAAUCGCUAGCGAUGCCAGCUCAGCAGACGAUAUUGAAGUGAAGAAAGAUACAGAGAGAGCGGACGAGAUCCGAGCCCUGAAAAGAGCGUGGGAAAAUGCGGAGGAAGGAAGAGCAGUCAAGGCUAUGCAGUCCCGGUUAAAGUACUUGAACUCUCACACCCUCAAGUCGGACGACAAAGAGGAGACUGAGGCAGGGGAGGAGAAACCAGUGGAGCAGGAGGAGGUACCUCCCCCACAGACUCCACUCUCACUCCACGGGGAGCAGGGUGAGGAGAACCUGACCCUGGAACCACCUCCCGCCCCCACCCCCACAGAAAUGCUGCAACCCAUGGACUUCUCCUCAUUCCUAAAGAAACCAGAGCGUGAGCCUCGUUACCUUGACGAUGAGGAGAUUCGUCGACGUGAGGAGGAACAGAAAAAACAGGUGGAGGAGUACAAAGCCUUUAGAGAUCAGGUCAAGGCGUGGCGCGAGCAGGACAAACAAAAGCGCAAUCUGACAAAGAUCCGGCAACUGGAGCAGUGUGAGGAGCUCCAGGCAAUGUUAGAUGCUGCUCGUGAGUCCAUUAACGCACCUCGGGAGGCCAUUCGUCAAAAAUAUCUGGAGGCGGAACGCAAAAAACAGGAAGAGCUAGAGGCCAAAGAGGCAGCGUCCUUGUCCGAUCAGAAUUCCAAAUCUCCGAAGGGAAGAAAGAGUGCCAAGGGGAAGAAAAGUCCAGCAAAUGGAAAGAAGAAGGGGAAGUAACUCACCAAGUAUUAAUAUAGGACUGUUCCAAAUAUCUGUGAUAUGAAAUGUGUUGUAGAUAGAAAAUAACUCUUAUUGCUGAUAUUGUUACUGUUAUCGACUUGUUUGUAACAAUCAGGUCUUAUGAAGACUGAUUUGGUAUGAUGCAUUUUAUAAACAGUGCUACACAAUUUACAGCACUUAAUUUUAUUGAGAGAAUGUGGGUGUGAAACUUUUGAUAUUUUUUUUUUGUGGGUACAUUUUUAUGUGUGUAUUUGUGCACUGCAAAUGUCUGUAUGCUCUUUGUCUGAAAAAUGUUGUACGUCCCCUUCAGAGCAGUUUGUUUCUUUGAAAAAAAAAAUUGUUUAAUUUCCUGAAAUAUUUUUCAAUUUAGUUAAUGAUAUAAAUUUUCUAGUUAUUGAGUUUGAAGGUUGUAUGAAUGGAAAGCUAUAGGUUUGGUGUAAGUGUACCGCGCCCUACAUCUGGCUCUGACGAGCCCGAGAGUGAGGCUCCAGCAGUGCCGUGUCUCAGUCAUUCCGUCCUUACCACUGGUUCUUGCCGAUCAUAAGUGGCCCUUGAGACCUCCGUCCUCCAAUGAUCAGUGUUGUUUGUGAUAUUGUAAGUCCAGUGGUUCUCUCUAGUCCAUAUCACAUGACUUAUCUGACCAAUCAAAUCAUCUCUUGCUCAACAACAUACAAAAAUCCAAGAUUUGAUUAAUUUUAAUUUUUUAAAAUCAGGAUAAGCUCGCAUUCAUUUUUGAAAUUUGCUCGAUUUCUUUAUGAGUUAGGGUAAAAAAAAUAGUGCUGAUAUCAAGAUUUACUGGUAUAUAGCUAUAUAAUAUAGCUUUAUUCUCUAUCCAAGGAAAGGAGAUGCAGAGAGACUUGAUUGGUCAGUUGGUCAGAUUUUUAAAACAUAUCUACAACAAUAUAUUAUGCAUAAUCUAUUUUCCGGAUCGUUCUUGGUCUGUCUCUAUAGACUUUUGUCUUUAUUUAAUGUCUUACAUAUCAACAAUCUGUGUCGUCCAGUGGAGUACAUGUAGCAUAAAUGUGCAUCUUAGGAUAUAAAUGUCAUAUUAAUUGUUCUGAUAAUAUUUUGUACGAAUUUGAAUAAAAUGGAUAUUGAAUAAUA